AUGAAACUCAGCAACAUGAUCGGUGUGCUAGGCGUGGCUGCUUUGGCAUUCUCGAGCAACACUGUGGAUGCGUCAACGGCAGCUGCGCAGACGUCGGGACACCUGCGUCAUCGAUACCACCGACAUGAUCACAGUCACAGAUAUGGCCGCCGAUCCGUCUACGAUGACGAUGACGACAGUGACAGUGACAGCUCCGACGAUGGAAGGAGAGGUAAUCGCAAUCAGUAUGGCCGCAGGAACGACGACGUCGACAGUCGCGAUGACUACAACUCGGGCGGCAACCGCAACCAACGUGGCUAUGGAGGUGCAACAGCAAAGUUGAACAAUUACGGUUCACCCGCUAACAGCGGUGCGACUGCCAGUGCUGGUGCCAACGUCAGUAAUGGUGGAGCUGGUGUACCUGCCACUGCGGCAGCCACUGCAGGUGCCCGUUCGAACGCAGGUCCCGGUGUAAGCCGAGGAGUUGGAGCGAAUGCGGAGGCAAGCAGCAACGCUGUCAACGGGUACAGUACCGGCGGAGCUGUUCCGAAAGAUGUGUACGCCCAGUAG